AUGCCACUCUGGGUGUUGUUCUUUGUGCUCCUCACCAUCAGCAGCAGCUCCCACUGCUCCCUGCCCCCCUCCACACCCGUUAGGAUGCAGCGCUACGCAGACGCCAUCUUCACUAACAGCUACCGGAAGGUGCUGGGCCAGCUAUCUGCCCGCCAGCUGCUCCAGGACAUCCUGAGCAGGCAGCAGGGAGACAGACACCAGGAGCCAGGAGCAAGAGGACGGCUUGGGCGCCAGGCGGAGCAGAAGUGGGCGGAGCAGAAGCGGGCAGCGCGGGAGAGCGUCCCCAUGGCCCUGCCGCAGCACAGGUGGGGGUCGCCGCACGUGUCUGGGGCCCCAGAGACGCCCUUCUCCACAGCUGCCAGGAAGCGGCAAGAACUCCUUCCCCUCCACCAGGCACAGGGAGGACGACCUUGGAUUCCCAAGGUUGACGACUCCGCCCCGGGCUUUGGCUGCCUGCAGCCCAAACACAUCCUGACCCACUUAAUCCUGCUUCAUGUCUGA